UUGUGCAAGUAUAUGAAUACCUCUAGUUUUUUAUGUGCUGAUUUUUAUCCUACAACACGUGGCUUCAAUACUGUAAUAUUCCAUCGUAUUGUCUUACUGUUGAUUUGUGCUGAUGUCAUUUUAUUUCAUACAGCUCUAGACUAUUAUAUUAACCAAAUAAUCCUUUGGGACUUGUGUUUUCCUUUUUUAGCAUUUAAUUCAUGGCUCAAGAGACUCAACAGAAUGAACCUCGUGGAUCCAUUAGCUUGCGAAAUUCCCAAUUGCAAUAUCCUAACUCACUAGCAAUCGCUAACAAUUGUUCAUCUUCUAGUGAAAUUCAUACCGCACACCAGAUAUCCAGUUCCUCUGUUAAAUUGCAUACAGUGACACCCGUUUGUACACUGACUAACAAUAACCAACCAAUUCAGUAUAUUGGGUCGGAGGCCAGGACUGUAUGCGUCCCUGUUUGUAGUUCUCAUUCAUUAUAUCCCCACUCGGUUGUACAUCGUGCAUCUCCAAAUUCAAAUGUUGGAUAUAACUCUGGAUCUAUGACUCAUGCUCAUUGCAGCACUUCAAGUAGUCAGCCGGAUAUGCUUGAGACAUUGCUGUCCAGGAAUGUAUAUAAUGCACAAGUACACCCUCCAAAUCACUCUCCACGUCUCCUCGGUUCGUCGAUAGUUGUAACUAACGUACCAAACCAAAAUCCUUCCGUCAUGAGUGGACCAGCAAACAUUCGUAAUACUGCUCCUGCCUCGAGUAGUCACCAAGUUGGUCAGACCUAUACGGCUACAACAAGUGCCCCGUCCGUCGUAGCAACAGACCCAGAAAAACGUCAGCUUAUUCAACAGCAGCUGAUUCUCUUGCUGCAUGCUCGACGCUGCCAACGCCAAGAAGACGAAAGCAAUGGAAGGAUAGUACAGUGUAAUACACCACACUGUAACACGAUGCGUGGAGUUUUGCAACAUAUGACAUCCUGUACACAAGGCAAGAACUGCCAGACCCCGCACUGUGCUUCCUCUCGUCAAAUAAUUUCACACUGGAAGAACUGCAAUAACCGAGAAUGUCCAGUGUGUGAACCUCUAAAGCAAAACCAGCAUUACCAACGCAAUCAAAUGGUACGCCCUCAAAAUGCAGUUCAAGUGCACACGGCUCCUAACCGAGUUCCUGAAGUGAAUGGUGUAGACUCCAGUCCUCACUCGUGUGCUUCACUUCAACCACCUAGUCAGAAUUUUCGUGUUACAUCCAUUGGAAGUGUUCCUAACAAUCCAAGUGUUGUUCGAGCACCAGCUGCAGUCGUCCCUAGUACUCAAAUUUCAGACACAUCAGGCUUAAAUGGGGUCAGUAGUCAUACUACUUCAAACUGUACACCUAUGGAGCAGAAUGAUUGGCGAAAAGGUGUAGAUAUAUCCCAACGGAAUCAUGUCGUGCGAAGGAUGUAAGUUCUCACUUAUAAUGUCAUUUGAUUACAUGAAAUAAUUUUUGUGGAGCGCUCUAUCGAAUGCUGACGUCUUGAAUACUAAAGACGUUGCGUUUUCUCUAUGUCUGUAUAGUGGUGGCUUUAUAACUUAGUUACUUCGUACUGUAUGUGGUGUAUAUUCCUGCCAUUGAGGUGUAAUGGCUGUGUAUUAGCGUCUGUUAAAUGAAUAACAGGUUUUUAAGAUGGUCGUAAUAGGACGUAAUGCAGUGUGCAACUAUUAGGUGAAAUACGCCAGAAGAUGGUACUUUAUCUGUAAGAUUUGUUGUAGUAAAAUAUACUGUUCUAAUUCAGAAGAAUCCAGAACUUGUUAUGUUGAAGACAGGUGAAUGUGAAAUGCAGCAAAGAGUUACAACAUUUGAGGUGUUAUGUUUUUUAUGUUGGAUGCCCCGUGACGUCGAAUCUGGUGCAAUUCCGUGAGCUUGUGUAUUUGGACUACGCUGGUCGCGUUUGCGAUAUUGACAACCUAAUUGCAUAUCAAAUUUACAUCUGAAAACACCCAAUUCAUUUGCUACAUAUGAGCUGCAGAAUCUGGGGGCUUAAAAAUUGAGGCAGCAGAGAAUUUGCACAUUCUGACAACUCAAACUAUUUUCAUCACCUUGCGUAUGUUGAAUAUCUGUCGCUGAUGAUGUGUAUUGUCUCGGGUGUCACCGCUUUGUGUGCACUUGCUGUGCUCGAUCUUACUAUCGGAUUUUGCUCUAUGGGCGUUCGGUAUUUUUCCUUUCAUCUCUUGUGGCAAGCGUGUUAUUCGAUAAGCCAGGAGCGUAGCUCUGCAAGAGUUUGACUUUUUAUUUGCUGUUUCCACUUUUCAGGCUUGUAUUUUUUUGUAAUGGCACAUUGUAGGAAGUUUUCAUAAAGCUGUUUGCCUACGUGGCGUGAACUAGUGUAGAAUUGUUCAGUGUUGUGUUGUGGGUGAUUGUUGCGAAUCGCGAAAUUUCCUGUUAUCUGUGAAGUAUUAUUGUUGCUUAUAAGUCUUGGAUUUAAUAUGGAACAUACUCAGUAGUUAUUUUAUCUACCAUAAGGAUUAGGAUCCUGCGUGAUAUCGAGAUUUGUGCUAUCAAGCUAGCAAGCCCCAAUCCUGGGGCGUGUAGUACAUUUUAUACUUGGGACAUGAGCUAUCAUAGCCAUAUCAUCACCUUGCCUCGGGAAUUUUCUCGGCAUUUUUGGAAAACUGCUUCUGUGAAAUCAUGUCUGGGUUUUUCUAUUUAGGGACUAGAUAUUGGUGGGGUCAUGGUACCGCAUAUCGGUAAACUCGUAAAUGGCGAAAUCUUAUAGACGCUAGUGGCCUUAUCAGUUAUGUCAUUCAUAUAUGGUUUGCUAUGUGCGUGUGGUUGUCAAAAUUUCAUCACACUAUACUUGCCAAUGAGGGAAAAGUACACAUUAAGAAAAUAUAGUGCUGUUUGGCAAAUGAGAGUGAAAUUUUAUUCAACAACCACUUGGAGUUCUGUGCAGUCGGCAAUGAACCAUGAAUUAUGAGAAUGCCAUUAAAACUAACCGGCUGCCCAAACCUCCAUAAAUGCAGUCAUGGUUGUAGCUGAUCGCCAGCUACAUUGAAUUGCGUUGAUAUCACUCUGCUUCUUACGGUGAAGUGAUAUGGUUUAAGAUGCGGCUCGAGUAGCUGUCUCGUGAUUUAGACAGAUUUAAAGCGGAAUUUUGUGAUAAAGGUCUGUCUGUAUUGUCAAAGUCCACCUAGUGAAUAUAUGUAGCUAGUAUUUGAUGGCCGUAGAUGUAGGUUUUCUCACGACCUGGGUACGAGUUUCCUUGGAAUUCUCCUUAGCUCUUGUCGAACUGCACUGGUAAUUUAAUUUAAGGCAGUUUCUCCCAAGAUUUCCAUUUUUGACCAGUAACUAAAUCUGAAAUGUUGACCGCUGUGGAUUAUAGCUUUGGCUCGCUAACCUCAAAUCCUAAAAAAAGCAGUAGGUAUCUUUGAAAGGUUUUGGAAAGUACAUACAAAAUUAUUUAGAAGUAUGCCAUCCAUUAUGAUAAAAAUGAGCGUCAUAGAGCUACUUCAGACCAAAUCAAAGUAAACUAGGAAUCACUUGUUUUUAUUUCCAUAUGGCAGUAAAUAAUUUUUAUUACGAAGGAAUUAGAUUGGUUAGUUUCCAAUCAAAUUUACAGUCACAGUUAUUAGGACUGGCUCAUUAACCACGUCAAACUUUCCAGUUAUUGAUGAAUGCUUAUUUGAAUAUGUUUGCAACUAGGGGCGAUCGCGAUGGGUUCUUUAGAUGAAAGUCGUCUUAGACCUUUUGCAUCUGAUAUAGUUUUUGUACACUUGUACUGAAAUAUUCCAUUCCAGGGAAUAAGGCUGCAAUACUUGUCC